ACCGUCCUCACGUCUUGUAGAGACACCACUCUCACACCAUGGUUACCGCGAAAGCAGCAGCCCCAACAGGGCAGGCUCAGCCCAACGCUUCUGCUGUCCCUAUUGGCCCUGCCAACCACAAUCUUGAUACCCUGCAGAGCAUGCUGAAUCUCAUAUUCCUCCAAUCUGGCCGCUUCAUCAAAGAACACCAAGCUGGCGGCGGCACCGGGCGCAUGAAGCUGGGCAUGCAGCGCACCGUCCCUGCCGCUGCUGAGCGCUUCCACGAUACCCUCGACGAGCUCGAGAACGAGGUCCGCCUGGCGCAGACAGUCCUGAGAAGAGACCUGGCCCUAUUGAAAGAAGACCGCAAAAAGCGCGAAGCUGCAGCGAAACAGCACGAGGUGGAAAAGGCGCGGCUUGCUGCAGAGUCACGGCAUGCUCCACCCAAGAAAGUGGAUGCACCUGUCAAGAUCGAGAAGGUGUCUACACCCGCACCCCCCGAACCACCACCGACCAUCGAACAGCCGCCCGCAACGGUAGAAGAGCCUGAGAAGGUAUCGAAGCCCGAGACGAAGCCCGAGACGAAGCCCAAGGAGCCCACGCCGCCACCACCCAUCGAGACAGCAGCUGAACCAGCUCGCGACCCCCUCUUCGACGGCACGCCUACGACCGCCAACCCCCCAGAAUCCGAGUUCGACUUUGACGCCAUCUUUGGCGAUGCCAUGGAUACAUCGGGCGACAACAACGCAGCAGAAGACGUCAUGGACACAUCAGGCGACAUCAAUUUCAGCGUCGACGAAGCGCCUUCACUCCUGCGCGGCCUCGAGGACUUUGCAAAGAGCAAUGAUGACGAAGAUAUGAAUCAAUCCACUCACAUGGACAUCGACUUCCCCAUGCCCGACCUCCCCGACUUGAACGCGAAUACAACGACGCCUACAACGGCAGCGGCAACUGCAGCUACAACGAAGCCUGCGGUCCAGCCGACCACCACCCAGGCAACAGCAGAUGCUACCAAAGACACCACGACCGACAACGACUUGUUGACUACAUUGGUCCCAGAUGACCUCGAAGACCUCUUCAACAUGGACGAAUACGAGAACCCAGAAAACUCUUCCUUUGAUGACGCCUUCUUCUUCGACAACUAGCCGCCCCACGACAUUUAUCAGGGUAUUAUUUAAAUUUUUCUGCGAGCUGGGCAUUACUUUCCAUUUGCCAUUUUCAUUAUUGAUACCCCUUUAUAUCCAUCCAACUAUUUAGCUAUAUUUAAACUCGUUGCUUAUUCAUUUUUGGAUCUUGUGUAACGAUUUAGAUAGAAGUAGUUCCGUUACAUUAAUAAAAUGAAUAUACUCGAGGAAAUCUUACCAAAUGACUGCUUAGUU